GAAAGAGCUGAAGUUCCUCUCACGUUCAUUUAGAUAGUGUACCGUUCGGAUGCAGCCAUCAUUUAAGAAAAAGAAAGACCCCCAAAAAAGGGCGGAGCUAUUUUCUCCAGCUCACUGACAUCUGGAAGUCUGGUGGAAAAUGCGUUUUAGAUUCUGUCGGCUACUUUUUACUUCUUUACAGAAAUAACAUCGUGCGUUUUUCAAAAAGAAUGGACUGCAGUUUUUUUAAAAAGGCCCUGCAGUUUUAAUCGGCUCACGCACAACGGGCUUUUCUUUUUGUAUUCAGGCUUGAAAAGUUCAAGCGAAGACGACGCUAACGUACCAGUCGUUAACUUUAGUCCUGUUUUAAACGUGUUAUACAUCGUGUUUAAACGCUGUUAUACAGAUCUUCUUCGAUUUAAAUUUGAAGCGGAUGAGCAAACUCGUGAGGAGUGUACGCUUUUGAUAGGAUAUGUAGGGAGCUUUGAAUAUGAUUCAUAAAUCUUUUUUCCUCUUCCUAUGGAUUUGGUUCUCACCCGGUGUUCUUGGUGAUGCAGAUGAAGAGAAGUCGGUGACUGAGGGAGACUCUGUCACUCUAAAAACUGGUGUCUCUGAAGUACAGAGUAACUAUCAGAUACUGUGGAUGUUUAAUGUUAAUAAUUCAGACGCUCGUAUCGCUGAAAUCUACAGACAGAACAUCCAUAUAGAGGAUAGUACUCAUAUAUUUGGAGACAGACUGCAGAUGGACAGACAGACUGGAUCUCUGACCAUCAGAAACAUCAGAACCCAACACUCUGGACUUUAUAAACUAACCAUCAUCAAAGGAGGGGUCACUUAUAAGAGUUUUUCUGUUGCUGUCUAUGCUCCUCUUCCCAUACCUGUCAUAAUCAGAGACACUUCAAACUGUUCUUCAUCAUCAUCAUCAUCUAAACGUUCAUCAGUGUCCAGAUGUUCGCUGCUGUGUUCGGUGGUGAACGUGAGUCAUGUGACUCUCUCCUGGUACAAAGGAAACAGUUUAUUGUCCAGCAUCAGUGUGUCUGAUCUCAGCAUCAGUCUCUCUCUACCUCUGGAGGUGGAACAUCAGGAGAAAAACAUCUACAGCUGUGUGAUCAACAACCCCAUCAGAAACCAGACUCAACAAAACAUCAACAUCACACAACUCUGUCACGCAUGUCCAGAUCUUACGCAGCAGUCACAUUCGGCGGUAUUAUCAGUUGUAGUGAUAUUGCUGGUCUUGGCUGUAGUUGGGGGGCUAAUAUACGUGUACUACAGAAAAUACAAAGCAAGCCCAGAAGGCAAGUAUUACCCUUUUCAUCAAACUAUUUUCAUUUCAAAAGAUGUACCACAAUAUCUGUUCUUAAGCACCAUUUCAGAUUCAUUUGAACAAUGUGACGUUAUCCUUAAAACAGUCCAGAUUUGUGAGGAAGAGGUGCUUUAUGCCGAAACAACGUUUUGCGCACGCAGUGUUCACAGUACGGUAAGACACUGUAUUGCAGUGUGCAGUGAAUCUGUCAGCAGAAACCACAGAUGCUUAACGAGACAAGCGCUUUCACACGUGAUGAAGCAGAGAACCUGCCAUCACCGAUUUCAGUGUUGUACUUGUUUGUCUGCGCAUUAUGUUUCCUUUUCAAGCUGCCUUUGCUUGUUUUUCCUGCUUAGGCUUCAGCUGUAAGCACAUUAUGCCAAAAAGUGUUCUCAGAGCUAGUACAGUUUAGAAAGGUUGGAGGUUUCUGAAUACGAUGAUCGUGCCUCCAAAAAGCCAGAGGCCUCCCUAACGGACGCUCAGACAUCAAAUAACAAAAGUGUUUAUUAUCAACCCGGAUUAUUCAAUGUGCUUGCUUUGCAGCUCCACGAGUUUUUUUAAACACCCGAAAGCACCCCAACGCCCUUCAAAAAACAAAAGCAUAGCUCCUUUGUGGUAGAAAUCGUGUAUGCAGAUACAACUAGCAUUCAAGAAAGCUAUACAAAAUGAUCAAACAUGCUUUUGCCGUCAUGUCCUCUGCUCGUCGUUGUGUUCGUAUUCAACCGUUAUCCUUGAAAACCCCUGCAGUGUUUACAGUCAAGAAGGAUUAUAAGUACAUGACCAGACCGUUGGUAUAGAAGUAUACACACAAACACUGCUUAUAUGCAUGUUUUAAGUCGUUUUAGUUUUAAUUCCUAAUGUUCACGUUUCGAUUUUUUUCAGAAGCCAGAUGAAGACCACCACAUCAUAUACUCGAGCAUUAAAGCGAGAUGACGGCAUCGGUGCACUAGCAUCUUGGUGAUUAUUGCGAAGCUGGCAUGAAGUCUUUUUUUAAGCACUUCAUGGUCAGUGAAAUCAUUUUUAAAGGCAGAUUUUCAGAGGAGCGACAAAUGCUUCACAGUUACGACUGAAUUAAUAACCCUAGCGCCAUGAGUAUCUUAGCAGUAUUUCAACAUCGAUUAACAUCCUUUAUACUUAUUAUUGUUUUCUCUGGAAUAUCUGAUAUUGAUUGGUCAGUUGACAUUUUGCAGUAAAAUAUAUAUUCUCAAUAAUCUACACUCAUGGAUAUUAUUUAAUACAUUAUACUUAAUGUAACAUUGGAGCUGCAGUAUUUGGCGCUUACACUAAAGGUACAAAAGCUAUCUCCGGGGUACUUUUUGUACCUAAAGGAUCCAUUUUGGCACUUUAAAGGUACAUACUGGUACUUAAAGUGUGUAUAUGUAACCUAAUGUAUUACAAAAAAGUAUACCUUUUGAAAAGAGAACUUUUGAACCUGUAUUUUUUGAGAAGGUAUGCAAUCUAACUUCUAACAUGCUGCGACUUGUUCUACAAUCAGCUUUUUACCUGUUAGACGCGACAUGUUCGUGCAAGAUCAGCUCCACUGAUGGAAUCUUUCUCUCACACAAUCUUAAACCUUCUCGGCAGACGCCGAAGCCUUAACAAAAAAAAUAUUUUCUGUAUUUUUCUACUAUGUACCGUUUCAUAAAUAUUUUAACUCUGGUACACUUUUUUUAAACGAUUGGCAUACAGAAUAUAUUUGUACAGUAUUUUGCAUUUUUGGUACCCGCACUUCCAAGGUUUUCCUGCACAUUGGUAUAACUUAUUAUGGACCUUAUGUGUUCUUGUGGUGCCAUCGUUGGCUGCCCCCAUUAAUGCCACAUCUAGUUUGCCUGUUGUUGUUUUUUUUAAACAGAUUACAUCCUGAAAGUUUGGCGCCGAUUUUAAUCCAACCCUAACUGACAAGAUGAUACUCGUCUGCUGUUAACUUGUUCAUCUUGACACGCAGGAUAUGUUUGUGCAGCUAAUGCUGGAAAUGUUCCACAGUAUUUUACAUUUUAGCUCUGUGCUCAUCACAAAAACCACAACACUCUUUUUUAUCAGUAUAAAGUGUACUAAACACUGUUUUCUGCAGUGUGUCCUCUACUGAUCUUAGCGUACUAAUACAAUGUAAAUACUAUGUUUCUACAUUUAUGUAUUAAACCAUCUAAAACAGCA